ACAAUAUAUACCUGACAGUAAAUUUAUGUAGUUAAGUCUGAAUUUUAGUUUAUUCUAGUUUUGAAAGUUCUUUUAUUUAUUUAUUUAUUUCUAUUUAUUUAAAAAAUUUAACAAAGUAAAAAAUAAAAUAUAAAAAUAAUAUACAAUAAGCAAUGAAAGACUGGCUUUCAACCACAAUAAUCCUCUGCACCUUUGGGUUUUUCCGGGAAUUUCGACCGAGUGAUCGCUCCGGUUAUCUUCGGAUAACUAUUCCAGAUAAAAAUUUAUCUGAAGGGGAAGUUGAAGAAUUGGAGGAAUCAGAAAUAAAUUCACAUCUGUCACAUACAGUAUUCAUGCUCCUUAUCACUGACUAUCUUCUGUAUCAACCGAUCCUCGUCCUCUCCGCGGUAGUGGGUGUAAUUUUGUGGACAAUGGUUGUUACAGCGACCAGUUCUGAAGCAAAGGAGGCUAUUCAAGUACUUCAUGGGAUUUAUGUAUCUGCCGAGGUUGCCUACUUUACAUACAUCUAUGCCAAAGUUGAGAAGGAGUACUUUUUCGAUGUAUCCGUUUUGACAAGAUCUGUCGGAUUAUUCUCAUCAGCAAUAUCGUCCGCUCUGGCAGAGAUUCUAGUUAAUACAGGAAGCUGGACAGAACUGAAGUUAAAUUACAUAUCAUUAGGAGCUCAGUUUGCAUCUCUUCUUGUUGCGGUUAUCCUCCCGAGGGCAUAUCAACCAUCAUCCUAUGACAAAGCCGUAGCCGAAGCGGCUACCAAUGCUACAGAAGAUGCUGCUGAAGCCGUCGCUGAUGCUGCCGUUGAAGCAACAGAAGCAGCUACCCAAAAUGCAGUUGAUGAAGCUAUUCAAGCUGCUGCUGAAGCUGUUGCUAACAUUGCCACAGGAACUGUUAGGGAUAUCUCUUUGAUAAAGCAUCAGAGAAACACAAUGGAGAAUGAGACUGACAACACAGAGUUCGAAAUUGAGGAAAGCGGGCCAUUCACCGGUGAAUCAGCGAACACUCAAGCACAUCAACCGAAGAUGCGAACGGUUGGAGCACAAACUCGCAAACAGUACUCACCAAUAGCAAUUCAUCAGGUAGAGUAUAUAAGGAGGAGAAUAACGGAAGCUUUAGAUGUUGAUGAAAUUACAGCCGAUAUAUGUAGACGCGCUUUACAAAAGUUAAAUAAGGGAGGAAUUGAAGUGAAUAGUUUACACAAAAGAGGCAUUACUCAACUCCAAUUAGCUAAAGGCUCCGCGGAAAAAAAUCAAGAAAUAGCUGGAACGGUGAGCACUGAAAAUACGGAGAUUGCUGAUGGUAUCAGAAAUAAGGCAGAAGUUAAACCCGAAAGUUUUGAAAACCAAACUGGAGAGACAACUGAAGGAUUGGAAGAGAAAGCUGAAAAGGUAGCUCGAAGCUCACCAGAUAUGGCCAGAGAGGCAAGUAGUGAACUAAAGGAAAAAAUAUCUGAUAAAAUACAAGAAGAGGUAGAAAAGGCGACUGAAAAGGACAAAGAUGUUUCAUUGUUAAGUUUCAAAGGAAUAAAACAAAGAGUCAUGUUUCUAGUGACAACUUAUAGUAAUUGGUUCAUCUUGAAAUGGAGUCUGUGGUGGAUUCUUGCGAAUUCAAUAUUCUUGAUGGUUUCUGAUAGCUCCCAAAUUCUUUGGCACGAUAUCGAUCCAGAUCGGCAUAAAGUUUCCAAAGGCACCGUCAAAGCUGUUGCGGAAACGCUGUCCGCUGCAGCAUCUAUUUCAGUGAUAUUCACAAGACAUAGACGAUUCCCUAGGUGGUUCGAGGUUUGGAUCCUUGCUGCAGCUUCUGUGGUUGAAAGCGUCCUCAUUUUCACCAUGUCGAUUACCACCCAUCUUUGGCUUUCAUAUUCGGCUUACAUACUUUUCGGUGUAGUCUACAAUUUCUUAAUUACAUAUGCAAGUGGAUUGAUUUCCAAGGAACUUGUAGACCAAACGUACGGAAUGAUUUUUGGCAUCAACACCUUCGCAUCGCUGUCAGUCACUUCAGCAGUAACAGCUAUCGGGAUAUCAGAGGAUGGUUUUAAUUUGAAGAGUCGUACUCGUUUUUAUUUAUUUUCAGCACUUUUCAUCAUAAUAGCGGGAGUUUAUGGUAUCGGUGGCUUUAUGAAGCAACCGCAUUUACGUUAUAAGCUGAAACAACUCAAAAUUAAGUUUAAGGGACUUAUAUCUAAGAUGCGGGCUUUGUGCCGAAUUAAAAACACUAACCAUUCAAUACGAAUCAAAGAUUGAAGUACGUCGUAGAAAUACUGUACAAAGUUUCUAGUUACAGAUCUUAUAUUCGAAAUAUACUUGUAUAGAAGCCA